AUCGCCGAGCACCGCCCGAACAAGGAGAGGGGCCAUCUUCGGUGGAAGUCUUGACAGUCCCCAAAUUAAUAUAAUUGGUUCAGAGUUUGUUUUGAUAUUUUAACCUGCGUGUCGGGAUCGCGUUUGGUGUGGGAUGCCAAAAUAAAUGUAUGCACGAUGGUGCCGGUAUUGGUUCCGUGUUACACGGAAAACUACAGGCGAAUAUCCGUAGAAUAACCAACUUGAAACUGUCUUUACCUCGGUUUGAUAUUUCAACUUGCAUGUCAUAAUCGAGUUUGUUGGGGGACAAAAUACAUUUUCGCGAAUCCGGUAUGGUGUUAGGUAGGUUUUGGUAAUGCUAUAAAGUUGGUUGCCAACAGCUAUAUUAAAUCCAAAAUAAGAUGAAACCAGAGGAAGGAGAGAGAUCAAUAAAACGUUUUAUUUGGUUGGCUGACUGUGCACCACCGACAUGCUAUUCCCGAGUGCUCGGCUUGAGCAAGGAAAUAAUAGGCCUUUUGGGAAAACUACACAAUUAUCAUCGCACGAAAACAUGCGUUGAGAUUCUUCCCAAGAUGUUUCUGGAUGUGCAAAAUUCGUGCAUCAAUACCAAGCUCCGUGACUUCCUCUAUGUCAUGGAGAACCUUCCUACGCAGUACUGCAGAGAGCGACCCGGGAUUGUGUUGUUGAAGCAGAAAGUUACCAACCUGUACAGAAUCAUCAACAGAAUCUGUUAUCGGGACCUAGUGUAUUUUACAGAUGACUGUGAGGCCAUUGAGACUGGCCAGAGUACCCCUCACUACAGAGAGGACAGGCUCCAGAUGCUGGUGGAAGAGAAGAGAUGAGCCCAUCCAGAGACAAACACGCAUACACAGGAAUAUAAUUGUGAGGGCAUGUAAACUCUGUUUCACUCACACACACACACACACACACACACACACAUAGAUAGCAUCACACACAACUGUAGCUAAAAAACAUGCCAACAUAGUUUAAUUUCUAACCUUUAAGCCUAAAGAUUUGAGGUUUUUGUCCAAGUGAGGUCUCAUGUUAGAUGGCAUUUCAAAUGGAGAACUUUCCACAGGAAAUUAGCUGAAUACCAGCUAUUCUGAUGAAAACCUUUAACCAGAAUAAACCAAAAUGUUUGUGUGCCUCACUUACCGCUGCUUACCUACCACACUGUUCAAAAGGCAUGCCUUAUUUAUCCAAAUAUCUUGUAUGUUUCCAUAACUCCUCAUACAUACUGAGGUCCCAGCUCGUACAUCCCUGAGAAAAGAUUGAUUACCUCAUGCUGAUUUUAUGACUAGGCCUAGUCUUUAACCUAAACUCUAGUAAUGUAUCUUGUUCAGAUAUAGGCUAUACUUAAUCAUGAUUGCAUUUUCCUGUCAUUGGUGCAGUAGGCUAUACAUAUGUGUAAUAGUUAUAUGUGUGUAAUAAAACAACUUUUUUAAUGCU